AUGUCACGGCCUUCAGGUAACGGUAGCGAUAUAACUCCGCCGACAAGACGACUUCCGACAGUUAGAGAAUUAGAGCUCAAGGAAAGAUCGUCAAAAAGCCUUUUAGCAAACGUAUUAGACAUAGACGAUGAUUUUAGACAUCACGCACCCAGUUUACAAACUUCCGGCCACGCGGCCGCGGGAUACCUUCGUAGUCAUUCGCAUCACGACGAAAGCAGCGGCUCUCUUUUGCCGAGUUCCUGUUUGGGACCACACAGAGAGCUUGCUCUUAUAUUAAAAGAGCUCAGAAUCAUAACGGAUAAAUUGAGAAAAGAAGAUGAAGCUGCGGAAAUAACAAAUGACUGGAAGUUUGCCGCGAUGGUCGUAGACCGUCUGUGCCUCAUCAUCUUUACCUUGUUCACCAUCAUUGCGACCAUAGCAGUGCUUUUUUCAGCGCCUCAUAUUAUCGUCACAUAUGAUAUUAUUAUUAUUAUUAUGUGA